AUGGAAUGCCGACCCUACAACGACCAGCUUUCCACUCUAAGGUACAAGAUGAUUUUCUAUCUGGAGAAUGGAGUUCAGUCUGGACUUUUAGUGGAUGGAAAGGGCGAUAGCAUCUACUUGUUCGGUUGCAUCCCUUCUGCAGGUGCUCCUCUUUUGCCGUACCAUUUGGUUCCACAUCAUGACCUGGCCGGUCAGUUUAUGCAUCCUGGGGUGCCUGCUCAGAUCGGUGCCAUUUCAAACCCAAUGCCAGCUCCCCUCGCUGCUGGAGCCACACAACAAGAGCGGAAUCAACACCGACUCCAAUACCAGCUACACAUGGAUCAACUGGAUACUGUAGGCUUCCAACAUGAGUACUUCCAGAACAUGACUGUCGUGCCAGGCCAUCCGACUGUGUGCUCACGGAGAGUACCAUUCUGGACUGCUCUCAAUCCUGCGCCCGAUCCGCUCCAACAUGGCCCCAACAUUUUGGUCGAUUGUAUUGGAGACGUUGGACAUGUUUCCCCACCGGCACCAACGUCUCCACAUACCCAUUGUUAUAAAUAA